AUUAAAACGAUAAAUUUCAGAAGGAAAUAUUUUAAGGGGAAAUAUUAGAACAAACUUUCUUUGUUGAUAUAGUUUGUGCGACGUUCUCUUAUAUAUGAUUAUCUUUUGCACUUACACUAUUGAGUCAACGGUUGAUUUUCUGAAUUCCGAGAACAGCUGUAGCGCCAGUAGCGCUUUUAAGUCACUUUUGAGGUUAUAAGCGUAGCAUCCAAAAGAAAUGUUUUCUUACUGAUCGUCGUAAGUUAAAGCAAUUAGUAAUGUUUAGUGCAGAAAUACGUGAUCUUGUUGAUUAUUGUAUAAAUAUGAAAAACAAGAUAUAACGGGAUGGAGAUAAAAUAAUAUAUAAAAGAUCGGGAAUGUAACCGUACGGAUCUAAAGAGUGGCAUUAGCACUAUAUGUGUGUGUAUGUGUGAAUAAAUAUAUAUUAAAGAUCCAUUAACUGAGAAACUGCAUUGCCCACGAUAAUAUUAUGUCAUAGCAUGAAAUGAAUUCAUCUGAUGUUAAGUAUUAAACUAAUGAGGGAGUCUCAUUUACUAAGCUUUACACAUUGAUUUAUACAUAUAAUAUCGGAACAAUGACGAAUACACUCAUGUUACAAUUUGCCCAACGGCUCAAGUCAAGAAAUGAAGAAGCACGUAACAAAGCUGCUCGCGAUUUGUGCCUGUACGUCAAAAGAGAAUUGCGAGAAGCGUCGCAGGAGGAAAUCACAUCUUUUAUGGACGACUUUAAUCAUCACAUAUUUGAAAUGGUAUCUGCUUCUGACAUAAAUGAGAAGAAAGGUGGUAUAUUAGCCAUAGUUUGCCUUAUCGGUGCCGAAGUAGGUAACUUUAACACACGAACGGCACGAUUUGCUAACUACCUUAGAAAUUUAAUACCUUCCAACGAUGUGGGCGUUAUGCAAUUAGCCGCAAAGACUGUCGGAAAGUUAGCGUUAGUUUCAGGCACUUACACAGCCGAAUAUGUGGAGUUUGAGGUAAAACGUGCCUUUGAGUGGCUUGGUACAGACAGACAUGAAGGUAGAAAACAUGCAGCUGUACUUAUUCUAAGAGAACUUGCUGUCUCUGUGCCAACAUACUUUUUUCAACAAGUUACACCAUUUUUUGAGUUGAUAUUUAAUGCUAUACACGAUCCCAAACCUACUAUAAGAGAAGCUGCUGUGGAAGCUUUGAGAGCAGCGUUGGUAGUCACUGCUCAACGGGAAACUACAAAACAAAUGCAUAAGGCUCAAUGGUAUAAACAGUGUUAUGACGAAGUAGUAGAUGGAUUUGCAGAAGUUCAUACAAAGGAAAGGGGCAUUAAUAGAGAUGACAGGAUACACGGCUCUUUGUUAGUGUUAAAUGAGCUAUUGAGAUGCAGUAAUGUACAGUGGGAAAGAACUUACGAGGCUCUGAUGGAAAGAUUAAACGGAUCUACGCAAAAUGAAAAUGAUAUCCUUUCGUUGAUGCCACGUUUGAAGACGACAAUAGUAUCAAAAUGGGCCGGAUCCACUCAGAACACCUCCGGAUCUCAGCAUACCCUAUGCCCGGCGCAAGAAUCGGCAGUCUGCAGAUGUUUGAUGCAAGAGAGAUUGGACGACAUUUAUAACGACGUGAUGAAUCAGAAGAUGUCUCGAAACCCACACAUUCAACAUGCACUCAUGAUGCUUUUGCCUAGACUCGCUGCGUUCAACAAGGAGAAAUUCAUAAAGGAACAUCUGAGAGAAUCCUUGGGUUAUCUUCUGAUGAUCUUGCGCAAUCGUGAGAAGGAUCGUUACGCCGCAUUCACGGCCAUCGGCUUCAUAUCCGUGGCGGUGGAGGACGCGAUCAAGCCGUACUUACCGAAAAUCAUGGAAGUAAUCAAGAGCUUAUUACCGUCUAAGGAGACACCGAGCAAGAAACGCACCUCCUUAGAGCCUGCAGUAUUCGUUUGCAUCACUCUGCUGAGCCACGCGGUCAAACAAGUCAUAGCUGCUGACGUGAAAGACCUACUGGAGCCGAUGUUCACAACGGGAUUGAGCCCGAUCUUAACCACCGCUCUUCGAGAACUGGCGCACAACAUUCCGACUCUACAAGUGGAUAUAUCUCAAGGUCUACUACGAAUGUUGUCCCAGGUUCUCAUGCAAAAGCCGCUGAGACAUCCUGGAGCUCCGUGGACAGCGACUAGUCCCAACUCGACGUCGGACGACGUGUCGUCGACAGUGCUCGCCUUGAAGACCCUGGGCACGUUCAACUUUGAUAACAAUCCGUUGCUGCAAUUCGUGAAGAGAUGCGCGGACCAUUUUCUGAUGUCGGAACAGGCGGAGGUUCGAUUAGAGGCUGUAAAAACAUGUUCCAGACUAUUGAGAUUGACGCUGAAUCAGUCUGGUCCCACGGUCACCAACACCGUCUCAAAUGUUUUAGGUAAGCUGCUGGUGGUAGGUAUCAACGAUACAGAUCCGGACGUACGUUUAUGGGUGUUAGCGUCGUUGGACGAUUCCUUCGACGUGCAGUUGGCUCAGGCGGAAAACUUGUCCGCUCUGUUCAUCGCCAUGAACGACGAAAUGUUCGAGAUACGAGAACUGGCGGUUCGCACUGUAGGACGACUCAGCACGCUGAAUCCCGCCUACGUUAUGCCGUCGCUGCGAAAAACUCUGGUGCACUUUCUCACAGAGCUGGAGCACUCGGGGAUGGGUCGCAACAAGGAACAGGCCGCCCGAAUGUUGGACCAUUUGGUUGUCACGUCGCCGAGACUGGUCCGGCCGUACAUGGAGCCGAUCUUGAAAGUCCUCGUCCCGAAGCUGAAGGAGCCCGACCCCAAUCCCGGUGUGAUAUUGGCUGUUUUGCGCGCAAUCGGCGAUCUAGCCGAGGUGAAUGGCGCCGAGAUGCAGCAGUGGAUGCCUGAGCUCUCGUCGAUACUACUCGAGAUGCUGGUGGACGCCAGUUCGCUUGAGAAGCGAGGUGUAGCCCUGUGGGUGUUCGGCCAGUUGGUCGGCAGCACCGGUCACGUUGUAAAACCAUACAUGCAGUAUCCAUCUUUGCUGGACGUUCUCAUCAACUUCCUGAAGACCGAGCAACAACCGAUCAUCCGACGAGAAACCAUCAGAGUACUCGGUCUGUUGGGCGCGUUAGACCCGUACAAGCACAAGAUGAAUCUCGGGCAGAUCGACUCGCAGUUGGACACACUGAGUUCGAUGGCCGAUGCCAAGAGUGAUGUGGAGAACACUCAGGAUUUGACCACCAGCGAGAUGCUGGUGAACAUGUCGCCGUCUACGCUGGAGGAGUUUUACCCGGCGAUCGCCAUCACCACGCUCAUGCGAAUCAUUCGCGAGCCGACCCUUCUUCAACAUCACACCAUGGUGGUGCAAGCCGUGACCUUCAUAUUCAAGAGUCUCGGCAUCAAGUGCGUGCCCUACAUCUCCCAAGUAAUGCCGAGCUUCCUCAAUGUCGUACACACCGCCGACGUGAACUUCCGCGAAUUUCUGUUCCAACAGCUGGCUGUUCUCAUCGCCAUCGUGAAGCAACAUAUACGCAACUAUUUGGACGACAUAUUCAGCUUGAUUAAGGAAUUCUGGAUCGCAAACAGCCCCUUGCAGAGCACACUGAUCUUGUUGGUUGAGCAGAUCGCAGUGGCCUUGGGCGCGGAGUUCAAGAUUUACUUGCCGCAACUAAUGCCGCCGAUACUGAGAGUGCUGACGCAUGACACUAGCAAAGAUCGCGCGGUGACGGUGAAGCUACUUUUGGCUCUGCAGACCUUCGGCAGCAACCUCGACAAUUACCUUCAUCUCGUUCUGCCGCCGAUUGUAAAGUUGUUCUACGCGAAUGACUGUCCGAUAGCCGUGAACAAGGUUGCUCUUGAAACGGUCGACCUGCUAGCCGACACGCUGGAUUUCAGCGACUUCGCAUCACGGAUCGUUCAUACUUUGGUACGAACAUUGGAUCAGUGUCCCGACCUGAGGAACAGCGCCAUGGACACGCUCUGCGCUGUGGUGAUGCAGCUGGGCAAGAAGUACCAGAUCUUUAUUCUGCUGGUGCAGAAGGUCAUGACGAAGCACAAGAUAGUCAACUCGCGAUAUGACGUUCUCGUGGACAAGAUCCUCACCGACACGACUGUAGCGGACGGCGAAGAUUUCCUGUUGAUGAGGCUGCGCCAUUCGCGGAACAAGAAUCGCGAGCUCUCGCUCACACCCUCGGAAACCACCACGAUCAAGAGACUGCACGUGUCGGCUUCGAACUUGCAGAAAGCGUGGACAGCGACGCGCAGAGUUUCAAAGGACGAUUGGCUCGAAUGGUUGCGUUGCUUCUCCAUCGGCCUGCUCAAAGAGUCCCCGUCCCCGGCUCUGAGAUCUUGUUGGGCGCUCGCGCAAACGUACGCCGUGCUGCCCCGCGACCUGUUCAACGCCGCCUUCGUCUCGUGCUGGACCGAGUUGAACGACACGUACAGAGCGGAGCUGAUACAAACUCUGCAUCAAGCGCUGAUGGUGCCUGAGCUGCCUACGGAGAUCACGCAGACUAUCUUGAACUUGGCUGAGUUCAUGGAGCAUUGCGACAAGGGUCCGCUGCCGUUGGACAAUAAGAUCCUGGGCGACACAGCGAUGCACUGCCGCGCGUACGCCAAGGCGUUACACUACAAGGAGGACGAGUUCCAUAAGAAUCGAAGCAGCGGUGUAUUUGAAUCUUUGAUCUCCAUCAACAACAAGCUGCAGCAGAAGGAGGCGGCCGAGGGUCUGCUGGAAUACGUGAUGAAUCAACACAAUCAGCAAGACCUCAAGGUCCAGAUACGCUGGUACGAGAAGCUUCACAACUGGGACAAGGCGUUGCAACUGUACCAGGAGCGUCUGGAGAGUGAUUCCGCGGACGUGGAGUCCACUUUGGGCGAGAUGCGCUGUCUGGAGGCCCUCGGCGAAUGGGGCCAGCUGCACGAAGUCGCCACGAAGCAUUGGACGAACCAGGCCGACGAGACUAAGCAGAGAAUGGCGAGAAUGGCAGCAGCCGCGGCGUGGGGCUUGGCUCAGUGGGAAUGUAUGCAGCAGUACGUCUCACUGAUACCAAAAGACACCCAAGAUGGAGCGUUUUACAGAGCGGUAUUGGCGAUUCAUGACGAACAGUACAACACUGCGCAUCAACUGAUUGACAGCGCGAGGGAUAUACUCGACACUGAAUUGACAGCGAUGGCUGGCGAGAGUUACCAGCGCGCGUACAACGCCAUGGUGGAGGUGCAGAAGCUGGCGGAAUUGGAGGAAGUGAUACAGUUCAAGCUGGUGCCUGAACGGAGGACAGCCAUCAAAGCUAUGUGGUGGGAGAGGCUUCAAGGUGGGCAGAGGAUAGUGGAGGAUUGGCAGAAGAUCAUACAGGUACACACGUUGGUGGUCUCACCUCAGGAUGACAUGUAUACGUGGCUGAAGUAUGCGAGUCUGUGCAGGAAGAGCGGCAGCUUGAUGUUGUGUCACAAAACGCUUGUGAUGCUGUUGGGCGUGGAUCCUUCUUUGAAUUCUGACCAACCAUUGCCGACGACGCAUCCUCAGGUGACUUUCGCUUACUGCAAGCAUCUGUGGGUUGCGAACAAACGCGAAGAGGCUUACAAUCAGUUGCAGCGUUUCGUGCAAACAUAUCUGCAGUCGACCACUACAGGAAUAGUGAGUCAAGACGACGAGAAGCAGCAUGAGAGCAAGAAGAGGCUGCUCGCCAGGUGUUACCUCAAGCUCGGAGAAUGGCUAGAGGCGUUGAAGGGCAUAAACGAGCACUCGAUACCUGCGGUGUUGUCUUAUUACGCCGCGGCGACGACGCACGACCCAACGUGGUACAAAGCGUGGCACGCUUUCGCCUACACCAACUACGAGACCGUUUUGUUCUACAAGCACCAGCAGGACGACUCCGUCAUGGAGGUUGCACCUGGCAAUGGAACACGCAAUAAUCUUUCUAGCUCGCAAUACAUAUCGCAGUUCACCGUACCGGCUGUGGAGGGCUUCUUCAGGUCCAUCAACUUGUCGGAUGGCAACUCGCUGCAAGACACUCUACGCUUGCUAACACUCUGGUUCGAUUACGGCCAAUGGCCGGAAGUAUACGACGCGGUCGUCGAGGGUAUAAGACUAAUAGAGAUAAAUACUUGGCUGCAAGUAAUCCCGCAGCUCAUAGCUAGAAUCGACACCAGAGCCUUGGUCGGACAUUGCAUACACCAUCUUCUUAUCGACAUAGGAAAGUCCCAUCCUCAGGCUCUGGUAUAUCCGUUGACGGUAGCUUCGAAGAGCGCCAGUCCCGCGAGAAAGAACGCGGCUAAUAAAAUCCUGAAGAGCAUGUGCGAGCACAGCCCGACAUUGGUCCAGCAGGCCAUGAUGGCGAGCGACGAACUCAUCAGAGUCGCGAUUCUGUGGCACGAACUGUGGCACGAAGGCUUGGAGGAGGCUAGCAGAUUGUAUUUCGGAGAGAGAAACGUCAGAGGCAUGUUUGACACGUUGGAACCCUUGCACGCUAUGCUCGAAAGGGGACCGCAGACCUUGAAGGAGACCUCAUUCAAUCAAGCGUAUGGAAGGGAUCUAAUGGAAGCGCAAGAGUGGUGCCACAGAUACAAAGCGUCUCGCAACGUCAGGGACUUGAAUCAAGCUUGGGACUUGUAUUAUCACGUGUUCCGAAGGAUAUCCAGACAACUGCCGCAACUGACCAGUUUAGAGUUGCAGUACGUUAGUCCGAAGCUGCUUCUCUGCAGGGACUUGGAGCUGGCUGUGCCGGGCAGCUACAGUCCUGGCCAGCCAAUAGUGAGAAUCGCGAGUAUUCACAGUUCGAUGCAAGUGAUAACCAGUAAGCAACGACCGAGGAAGUUGUGUAUUAAAGGUAGCAACGGUAAAGAUUAUAUGUUCUUAUUAAAAGGCCACGAGGAUUUGAGACAAGACGAAAGAGUGAUGCAGCUAUUCGGCUUGGUGAACACCCUCUUGUUGCACGACCCGGACACUUUCCGCAGGAACCUCACCAUUCAAAGAUACGCUGUGAUCCCACUGUCCACGAACAGUGGACUUAUCGGCUGGGUACCGCAUUGUGAUACGCUUCAUACACUCAUAAGAGACUACAGAGAAAAGAAGAAGAUAUUACUCAACAUCGAGCACAGGAUAAUGCUACGAAUGGCACCCGACUACGAUCAUCUCAUGCUCAUGCAGAAGGUCGAAGUGUUCGAACACGCUCUCGAGCACACGCAUGGCGAUGACCUGGCGCGAUUGUUGUGGCUGAAGUCACCGUCGAGCGAAGUAUGGUUCGAUCGCAGGACGAACUACACGCGGUCUCUGGCUGUGAUGUCCAUGGUGGGCUAUAUACUCGGCCUUGGCGACCGUCACCCGUCCAACUUGAUGUUGGACCGCCUGAGCGGAAAGAUACUGCACAUCGACUUCGGCGAUUGCUUCGAGGUGGCUAUGACACGCGAGAAGUUCCCGGAGAAGAUACCAUUUCGCUUGACGCGCAUGUUGAUCAAUGCGAUGGAGGUGACUGGUAUCGAGGGAACGUAUAGGAGAACUUGCGAAUCGGUGAUGUCUGUGCUGCAUCGAAACAAGGACAGUCUGAUGGCGGUCUUAGAGGCAUUCGUUUACGACCCUCUUCUGAAUUGGAGGCUGAUGGACAAUGCGGUGCCGAAGGGAAAACGAUCGGAUGCACAGGGUAUGAGCGCCAGCAGCAGCCAGGAGCACGGGGAUAUGCUCGAUUCGCUCACCGCUACGUUACCAAAGAAGGGUGUGCCGUGUAGUAUCGAAAACGGAGGUGAUAAUCAACCGGAGGCAUUAAACAAAAAAGCUCUCGCGAUCAUAGUGAGAGUCAGAGAUAAAUUAACAGGACGCGAUUUUUCACACGAAGAAACUCUCAACGUCCGACGACAGGUAGAUCUGUUGAUCCAACAAGCCACGAAUAACGAGAAUCUUUGUCAAUGUUAUAUCGGGUGGUGUCCUUUUUGGUAAAUGCAAGUUUGUCGCCAAGAUGACAUCUCGUACAUGUGCAAUCGCCUGCUUCUGCAUUUAUAAUGUUAUAAAAUUAUUAUAUCUUUAAUUUUUACAGUGAUCAUAUGUAUGAUGUAUAUAUAUAUAUGACGUAUUACUAUAUGAUUUAUAUGUGAUAGUAACAAUCGAUUAUACAGUAAGUAGAAUGUUGUAUACUAGUAUAUUGUGUACAUUACAAACGUUUGGUUGACAGUUAUAACGGCUAUGUUUAUAUAUAGCCCAUCUUACCGUGAAUAUUAUCUGUAAAGCAACUGCAGGAUAGAAUGUUUCUAUCUUACAGUUUCUAUCUGUAAAAUAGAAACGAGCUUAACAGUGAGAAUACUUUCGUUUCGAUUUUAUAUUCGCCGAGGAAAUCGAGUAAUUGCACUAAAAAACGAUAAAAAAUCUGUAUUUCUGUACAUACGUAUACACGUACAUAUUAUAAAUAAUUCUUUAGCAUUGUUGUUUUCGAUUCUGUUAAAGUAAAGUUCAAGUUGAUAAACAAUUUUAAAGACGUAU